AUGGUCCGUCCUUUAUUAGUGUCCCCCCACCUCGCCCCGAGGCCUGGACGCUUUAGUUCCGGGCCGCUAGCAUUUUGUGCUCGGCUUCUUCUUCCGGUCACGUUAUUGUUGCAUCAGCAUCCGACUCUGCUGCAAUGUCGAGCUCAGGAGAGCCAGAUUAAAGACGAGGCCUCGUUGGCCGCGGCCCUCAACGACUACCUAGCCCCACGCAGCUACCUGGCCGGGUUCGGCCCCUCCCAGGCCGACCUGAGGGCCUUUACCCUCCUCAGCUCGGCCCCCGGCCCCAGACAUGUCCACGCUCUGCGCUGGUACAGACACAUAGCAGCCCUGCAGCUGGACGUCCACCCAGACAGCAGCAUGAAAGGAAAGCGGGUCCAGCCUCCGUGGUCGCCCCCCCCAGGAACAAAUGUCCCUCAACUCAGACUCUACAACAGCCUGACCAGAACAAAGGAGCUGUUUGUUCCCCAGAAAGGAAACGUGGUGACUUGGUACUGCUGCGGCCCCACGGUCUACGACGCCUCCCACAUGGGACACGCCAGGUCCUACAUAUCCUUCGACAUCCUGAGACGGAUUCUGAGAGACUACUUCAAGUACGACGUCCUCUACUGCAUGAACAUCACAGACAUCGACGACAAGAUCAUUAAACGAGCUCGUCAGAAUUACCUCCUGGAUCAGUACAAGGAGAAGAAGCCUCAAGCUGCUCAGGUCCUGCAGGACGUCCUCAGCGCCAGAGGGCCUUUUCAGACUCAUUUGGCUUCGACCACUGAUCCAGACAAGAAGCAGAUGUUGGAGAAGUUGGACGUCGCCGUCACGUCAGCUCUGACUCCUCUGCAGGCGGCGAUGGAGAACAAAGCAUCCGACACGGAGACUCAGCAUCUGGCCCAGGUGUUGCUGGAAAAGUCCAAGGAUUUACUGGCCGAGUGGUUGGACUCACAGUUUGGAAGUCAAGUCACGGAGAAUUCAAUCUUCUCCAUCCUCCCCAAGUACUGGGAGGCAGAGUAUCACAAAGACAUGGACGCCCUCAACGUCCUCCCCCCGGACGUCCUCACGCGAGUCAGCGAAUACGUCCCCGAGAUCGUGGAGUUUGUGAGGAAGAUCGUCUCCAACGGUUACGGGUACGAGUCCAACGGCUCCGUGUACUUCGACACCUCCAAGUUCGAUUCCUGUCCACAGCACUCGUACGCCAAGCUGGUCCCCGAGGCCGUGGGAGACCAGAAGGCUUUACAGGAGGGAGAAGGUGACCUGAGCAUCUCCGCAGACAGAUUAAGUGAGAAAAAGUCCCAGAACGACUUCGCUUUGUGGAAAGCGUCGAAGCCCGGAGAGCCGUCGUGGGAUUCUCCGUGGGGGAAGGGGCGGCCGGGGUGGCACAUCGAAUGCUCGGCCAUGGCCGGCUCCAUCCUGGGGGAGUCCAUGGACAUCCACGGUGGAGGCUUCGACCUGCGAUUCCCUCACCACGACAACGAACUGGCCCAGUCCGAGGCUUUCUUUGAGAACGACUACUGGGUCCGUUACUUCCUCCACACGGGACAUCUGACCAUCGCCGGCUGCAAGAUGUCCAAGUCUCUGAAGAACUUCAUCACCAUUAAGGACGCUUUGGCAAAGAACACAGCUCGUCAGCUCCGCCUGGCGUUCCUCAUGCAUUCCUGGAAGGACACUCUGGACUACUCGUCUAACACCAUGGAGUCGGCCGUCCAGUACGAGAGGUUCAUGAGUGAGUUUUUCCUGAAUGUGAAGGACGUUCUUCGAGCUCCCACUGACAUAACCGGUCGCUUUGAGAAGUGGGAGACGGCCGAGAUGGAGCUGAACAACAGUUUCUACGACAGGAAGUCGGCCGUGCACGAGGCUCUGUGCGACAACGUGGACACUCGCACCGUCAUGGAGGAGAUGAGGACGCUGGUCGGCCAGAGCAACAGCUACGUCGCUGCCAGGAAGAGCUCCAAGCUGAGGCCGAACCGGCUGCUGCUGGAAAGCAUCGCCCGGUACCUGACGGACAUGCUCAGGAUAUUUGGUGCAGUUGAAGGAUCAGAUCCCAUCGGUUUCCCUGUGGGAGGACAAGAUCAGAACAUCGACCUGGAGUCCACAGUGAUGCCGUACCUCAGCGUCCUGUCAGACUUCAGGGAGGGCGUCAGGAAAAUAGCCCGCGAGCAGAAAGUGAUGGAGCUGCUGCAGCUCUGCGAUCUGAUCCGAGACGAUACGUUACCGGAGCUGGGCGUCCGUCUGGAAGAUCAUGAAGGUCUUCCUACUGUGGUGAAGCUGGUGGACAAGGAGACGCUGCUAAAGGAGAGAGAGGAGAAGAAGAAGAUGGAGGAAGAGAAGAAGAAGAAGAAGGAAGAGGCUGCCAGGAAGAAACAGGAGCAGGAGAUGGCUAAACUCGCCAAGAUGAAGAUCCCUCCCUGUGAAAUGUUUCGCUCCGAAACAGACAAAUACUCCAAGUUUGAUGAAACGGGUUUCCCUACCCAUGACUCUGAGGGGAAGGAGCUGAGUAAAGGUCAGGCUAAGAAGCUGCGGAAGCUGUUCGAGGCUCAGGAGAAGCUGCACAACGAGUUUCUUCAGACGAACCAGAACGGAAACUGAGUCCGUUCCACAGACUCCUUCCAAACCCGCAGAAUAAACGUUCAGCAGAAGCCGGGUCGUCGUUUUCCUCCCGUUCAUCCUUCAGAAGUUUAAACCCUCUCACCAGGGAGUGAAGGGGGAGAAAUGGGAACUGUAAAAGACUUCCUGUUCUGUUUGAGUCGUCACUGCCGAUCGGUUUCAAGGGUUAAAUGAUGAUUUUUUUUACUAAAUUAAAAGGGACGUACGAAUUAAAAGAGAAACCGACGUGAGCUGCUUCAUCUCCUCCUCGUCUCUGAUCGGUCGCCUGCUCAUAUUCUGUAACUAGACCAGAAGGGACGGAAAGAAGUCUCCCUCAAAUCACUUUAAAAUAAGACAAUGUUCCUCUCAGUCCUCUCCCCCCUCCCCCCUCCCCCUCCAUCCCUCCAUCCCUCCUUCCCUCCUUCCCUUCCUCCCUCCCCCCGUUUGAAUAAUAAUUAAUUUUCUUCAGGAUAUUAAACUUCAUCCAUUCCUCGUUUUCCGCUCUCGGCUUCACAACGUGUCACAGAAUAAAUCUGAUGAUGUUUCUAUAUUUCCUACAGGUGGGGGUGGGGGGGGGGGAGUGGGACUAUUUUCAGCUGCGGAGUGAUACGGCAGAGAAAUAAAACAUGGCCGACUUCAUGUUUGAACCAACAUUUUUUACCUCAUGGAACCAGAUAAAUGUUGGAUCAGUGUCUCAAUAAAUCCUCCGUGGACAGACUGGUGAUAAAACAUGUUGGAAUCUAUCGGGUUUUUAUUAUUAUUAUUAUUAUUAGUUCUUUAAUCUGAGUUAUUUCAUCAGCUUCACAGAAGAAUUCAAAUAAAAUGAGACGUUUAAGAAGACGCAGA